ACAUUCGCAUAGAAAUUACGUUAGAUAAUACUGUCUGGUCUUUUAUCUGAACGUUGCACGAAAGUCCAGAUCUUUUAAUUUUGCUUCUCUUUCUCCAUCAUGGCUAAGAAUUGUACUAUUAACAUCUUGAACAAGUUUGUCGAAGAGGUGGAGGAAAUGGAAAAAUGUGUCCUGGUUCCUAAUCGUCUACAAGACAUCGGACCUCGAAAUCAAGUGUUAAAACUGUCGCAAAAAGAGGACGUGGAAGACGUUCAAGGACUGCACGACUUGUUUCUUGUCCUCAAAAACAUCAAAAGCGAACUUACAACUGGUCAUGGAUUAGAACUUGGUAAAGAUUUGAACCCAAUCAAGACACACCUCCAAGAAAUAAACAAAUUAUUGCUCAACAUGUCAGAGCUGGCCAAAACUGUUAGAAACGAGUACAAGAAAGAAUACGACUUAGUUUUUUAAACAUUUGGAUAGGAAUAUGACCAUUGUGAUUUUUGA